ACAUCAUGGUAUGUAGCCAACCGAAUGGCGGAAUAUACUACUUCAUCGUGAUCAAGUUCCUCAAGCGGUAUUCCAAGGUCCCACUACUAAAGCAGAUACGUUGAUAUUUGAUUUAGUUAUAACCUGAACAAAUAAAGGGCCGUGGAGAAGCAUUUGACUAACACCGUCAUUGAUCCCGCGGGACCAGUCAUCCGCAUCUCUCAUCUUCGAUGUGACAAGCAGUUGUACGGACGUGGCAUAUUCUUUGUCAUCUGGUGGGUCAACUGAACCUCAGUCGACCUGAACUUCCACUUUGUGUGAAGUGUGUCCCUGGCUGGAGCAAACGCCUUUUAACAGGGUAUCACCCUGACGUUCAUCUGGAGGUCAAAUAAAUCCGCCGGACGCUUCUCCCGGAAGCCGCUCUGCUAUACUUAAUACCUCACGCUUCUCCCUCUCCAGGCGUCUACCAUCAUGCUGGAGGGCGAUAACUUCAAGAACAUCAGGGUUUACUGGCUGGCUUUUGUCGUGUACUGGGGUGCUUUCUUGUUCGGUUACGACAGUGGUAUCGCCGGGGGCGUAGUUUCACAACCUUACUUUGAAACACACUUUGGCCUCGUGAACCCGAAUGGAACGGUUGACAAGGGCAAAGAUACGGAAGUCUCUUCCAAUGUAGUCUCGGUAUUACAGGCGGGGGCUUUCUUCGGCGCUCUAGGGAGCGCACCAAUUUCUGCUUGGCUUGGACGUCGGUGGACGCUUGUCGCAUUCACAGUCGUGUUUUUAGUAGGAGCUGUGCUCACCACGGUAGCAGGGGGCAGCAGAGGAAUUGGGUACAUAUAUGGAGGUCGUGUUGUAUCCGGUGUUGGGAUAGGUGGUAUCUCGGCAGUUGCGCCUGCUUAUGUGUCGGAGUGCUCCCCAAAGCGUGUACGUGGUCGUAUGACUGGUCUAUUCCAGCUCAUGAUUGCUAUUGGCGUCAUGAUUUCGUACUUUGUUAAUCUUGGGGUUGGACUCCAUCUGGCAAAUAGCGAUAUGGUUUGGAGAGUUCCUUUUGGAUUGCAACUUGUUCCCGCCGGUUUAAUGUCUCUGGGACUACUUACGGUCAAGGAAUCACCACGUUGGCUGGCUUCCAAGGGUCGUGUCCAAGAGGCGAUUGGAAAUCUCGCCUACUUCCGUAAAGAGCAACCUGACUCCCCAGCCAUACAACAAGAAAUGGUAGAGAUUAAAGCAACAAUUCGAGAGGAACAGGAAGCUCGCAAGGGCCUCGGUCUCAGAGAAGCGUUUUUCGGAUAUGGAAACUCUAUUCGCUUUGUUAUAGCCUUCGCCAUCUUCGUAUGCCAGCAAUGGAGUGGACAGAAUUCCGUUGGUUACUAUGCCCCUCAGAUCUUUACCUCGAUUGGUUUUACAGGAACAACGAACUCCCUUCUCGCUUCUGGCAUCUAUGGAGUUGUCAAAGUAUUGGCCACUACUGUUUUCAUUUUUUUCUUCGUCGACUCUCUCGGUCGCAAGAUAUCCUUGUUUAUCUCAGCGGUUGGAAUGGGUAUCAUGUUUUUCAUAGUCGGUGCAAUCCUCAAGACCCACCCUGUGGACGAAAUUCAGGCUGGACAACCGCCACCACCAGCAUCUAAGGCAAUGGCUGUUAUGCUUUACAUUUUUGUGUGCUUCUAUUCAAUGGGUGUGGGUCCCAUUCCAUGGGUGUACGUGUCGGAUAUAUUUCCCACUCGUACGCGGCAUUAUGGUCUGGCAGUUGCCUCUGGAACACAAUGGCUAUUCAACUUCGUUGUCUCUAAGGUGACACCUACGUUAGUCGCGGACCUGGGUUACAAACUCUUCUUCAUGUUUGGCGCAAUAAACAUUGGCGGCAUAGUCACUUUUUCACUCUUCCUUCCGGAAACCAAGGGGCGCAGCUUGGAAGAAAUGGACAUUAUCUUUGGUGCCGUCAGCCUUGAAGUACGUGAAGCGUUCAUUGAAAGGCAACAACAAGAACUAGACCAUGGUACCCACAAUUCCGGGUCCGCCGAUCAGAAGGUGUAACAAGCGGCGGGAAUGCUAUCCA